CAGGGUUUUUCCCUUUGUAUUCUUUAGACAUUUUUUUUUUGUAGUUAAACACACUGCAUUGCAAAAUCCGGGUGUGAUUCACGGCAGGGGUUAAGGCCCUUUCCAACCCUGACCGUUCUACAAUUUUAGGAUUCCAUGAUUUCAUCUUUCCUGAAAGGGAGCAGCACUCUUAAGCUAGUGGUUAGAGAAGAAUUUUUCUGGAGAAGUGGCUUGAUUCGUGAGAGAAAUGAGAGUUGUUAUGAGAGUGGGAUUUCUCAUGAUUACGAAACCCUCGGGGUAGGGAGAAGAUUAGAAGGGGAAAUACAUGUAACCACAGAUCCGGAUAUCACGGCUUGUGUAAGAAUUCGAUCUUAAUCUUGGAAACCAUGCUGUAAUGGUUUUAGUUGUUAAUUUAUCAGAAACUUUUGGGGGUAAACUUGUAAAAGUGCCAUUCUGUUACCUAUAAAUCAUAGUAAACUUGUACUGUAAUAAAAUUAAUGUUUUAUAUUUUUUAAUUUAUUUUUAUUUAGUUUUCAGUUUUUUAAUGUGUCUUUUUCCUACUUGAAUCUGUGGCCAGCCUUGAGGGGUUUUUAAUACCAGGCAGGCUGUGAGCUCCACCAAAAGCAUCAGGGUUCAUUCAAGAGGUACUACUCCAACAGUUCUGAGCACCGGGGGGGGGACACAAGCUAAGUCCUGAAAAGGCAGUGCCAGCAUCCUUCACUAGUUUGUGUAAGGCACUUUCAGAGCAGGUACCUCUGAAUUUUGGUGUGAGAAGAAGUGUAUCAUUACAAGAAAAGCUGCGGCCAUAGCAAUAUGCACCCAAGUGGAAUGGGCAGUUGCUGAGCUUUGAGUGUCUCACAUCUGUUUGUGACAGUGAGCCUCAACUCAAGAGUCACCUUGAAGGAUUUACCUGACAGUGGUAUGUCAGUAGAAACUACAGUGUAAAUGGUAACAGUAGUUUACUAACUGUGAAUUUCCAACUGGCGUAAUUGCCACUGUAAGUCCCCUUGCCAUACAACAGAGUCCAACAGUCACUAGUUCAAGAUUCUAAUUGACACUGCAAAAAAACUUUCUGGGUGUUGAUUUAGUAAGGGAGUCCUUUCCUGACACUGAUUUCAGAGGGUUUUAAAACUGUUUCAAGGGUCAUAUAUGGGUGGCACUGUACAUUACAUAUACGUGAGCUGGACUUACUGGUUUUCAGUUCAAGAGGGAGCUUAACAUUUCCUUUCUUUUCCCAAGUCAUGUGUAAAUGAGCAAGCGUUAACAAUUUAUUCACAACUAGUGGCAUUAUGUAUACCUGAAGGUACAUAUGUCAGAUUUUCUUCUAAGAUCAGGUGAAUGGUCUUGGAUAAGUGUGGUAGGUAUUUUACUGGGACUAUUAACAGUUUGAUUUUACUGGUGUUGAGUUCUCCAUGCUCUAACUUGUAUACGAAUGAGUACUGCAUACUGGGUGCAUGCUGAGGCUGCCUAAGUGGUGGUUGCUUGGGUGCACUUAGUUUUUCUUGUAACAAUAAUCUGUAUUGAAAAGUUAGAAGGAGAGAGUCAAAUUGACUAUACCCUUACUUAUUCUAUGUAACGAAGGCUGUGCUUUUGUAACAGUUGGACAAAGUGUCAAAGAUUUGAGAUAAAGAGGGAAUGCAAAGGAAUAACAAGAGUUGCCUUAGUGAACUUUAGUCAGAAUAGGGUGACAUUUGAAAAAUAGAAGCAAAAACAUAAUAAAAGCUCACUGGUUAAGUAAACUGGGUUGAUUUUCAUAUGAGUAGAUGUACUGCAUCAUCUUCUUGUAGCUGCACUGAAAGUGGAAAAGCCUUUGAAGAGACCUCCCAUCUGCUGCAGAAGCUUGCGUAGCACAGCUUUGUUGAGCUGCUCAGAAUCGUUAAAGCCAGCUGAAGAGACCAAUCACUUAAAAGUAAUGAAACACACAACACCAACUGUUGUGGUAGGAAAAGAGGGAGACCUAGACCUUAUGCUUAGAAGCACUGGGAAGGAUACACUACAAAAGACAUUUCUGGCAUGUGUCUGCUUCACAUUUGAGUGGUUGUGGUAUGUUUUUCUUACUCCUGCAGUGGAAAUAAUUGGGGGCCAGAUAUAGGCAAACUGGGCAUCCAGGCUUCUCACUUGAAUAAUGCAGAGUUUACCUGCCUCUUUGCUUCAUUAUGAACGCCAGGAAACUGCAGGUUUUCCUCUUGUAUUUACCCACUGAACUGGUUUGUAAAUAAAUGAGUUUCACAAAAAUCAAUGUUUCUUCAUCAAUUUUGUAGUUGGGAACACAGAGGGAAUGAUUGAAGUGACGUACCAAAACCACCCAGGAAGUCAGGGGUUGAGUGAGGUUUGUGGGACUCUAAGCUACAUCUCUCUCCCGUAGAAGGAUGCCACAGACCUCUGGAUUUAGCCUAGGGAAUGACACCUUGGAAAAAGCUCGGAAGAUAACUUUGUGCAAGAAUAAUCCAUAGAGAUACACUUCUCAGAAUUAUUUUCAAGUUCUUACAGAAAAAUCCUUCUGUCACCAGAAUGACUUUUUGUUCCGAGUUUCUUUUGCCUAUCUCAGUGCCUCUAAUUGCAAUUGAGUGACGCUUAAAAGAAGACACAGGGUGGAUCUCUGAGGUGAUGUACCUCUAGUUAUUCUGCUUCCUGAAUUCCAAUGUGUAACAGUGUUAUCAGUAGUACAUAACAUAAUUGCUUACGUGUAAAUCCACUGAUAGGCAGAGAGGGAAACAGAUUAAAAACCAGUUCCAACCCUUAAAGAGCAGAAACCACCCUAUUUACUAAAGUCUUUCAAUAGGAGGAGUCAUGAAUUGCAGAAGCCUGUAUACAGCUUUGCUUUCUCCUUCCUACUGUGCAUGUCACUUACUUCAUUAGUGGCAUUCAGUUAGGUUAGAAACCUAGCAUGCUGAAAGGAAACAUGCAAUUUGUCACUUGUCUGUGGAUUUUACCUAUCACUUUUCUCCGUUUCCACAUGCUGAAAUUGUGUUUCUUCAUCUAUUUGAUAUCCUGGGUGAAAUCAGAUGACAAGAAAAAAUGUCCUGAAUUCACAGAUCUUAAUAUAGGCAAUGCUCUAUCUGGAACAGAACUCCAAGUUCAGUUACUGCUGUACACAAGGGAAAACCCAAAUUGUUCUGAGAGGCUCAUUGAACACAAUGUUGCUGCAUCUGAGUACCUUAAUACCUCCAAGAAAAUUGUCUUUGUUAUUCAUGGCUUCAGACUAACGGGAUCUCCACCAGCAUGGCUAGGUGAUAUAAAGGAGCUUUUACUGUCUUCAGAGGAUAUUAAUCUUAUUAUAGUUGAUUGGAAUCGUGGUGCUACAACUGUGAACUAUGUAUCUGCUGUUGACAACUGCAGAAAAGCUGCAGAAAUACUGAAGAACUAUGUUGACCAGAUGCUGGUGGAUGGAGCUUCUCUUUACUCUAUGCAUAUGAUUGGAGUUAGUCUUGGGGCUCAUAUAGCUGGUUUUGUUGGCCAAAAGUAUAAUGGCAAGCUUGGCAGGAUUACAGGUCUUGAUCCAGCAGGCCCUUUGUUCACUCGAGAGCCACCAGAAGGGAGACUGGAUCGAACUGAUGCACAGUUUGUUGAUGUAAUCCAUUCAGAUACUGAUGCGCUAGGUUUCAAGAAACCUUUAGGAACCAUUGAUUUCUAUCCAAAUGGAGGAACGGAUCAGCCUGGUUGUCCACAAACAAUAUUCAGCGGACUUCAGUAUUUUAAGUGUGACCAUCAAAGAUCCGUCUUUCUUUUCUUAUCAUCUUUGAAAAGAAGAUGCGACAUAAUAACAUAUCCUUGUGACUCUUACUUUGAUUACAAGAGAGGAAAAUGUGUUGAUUGUGAAGCUUUCCACCCAAUGUCCUGUCCAAUACUGGGUUAUUAUGCUGAUAGAUGGAAAAAAAUGUUAAUCCCAAACAGUUCACCAACAAAAGCUUAUUUUGAUACCACGGACCAAGACCCAUUCUGCAUGUAUAACUACUUACUGGAUAUUACUACCUGGAAUAAAAACAUUAGGAGAGGUUUCAUUAAAGUUAAAUUAACUGACUAUGCUGGAAACACAGUAGAAUCAGAGAUGAAUAGUGAAGCUUCAACAUUUCAGCAAUAUAAAAGAGUCAAAAUACUAACUGGAUUUUACCAAGACCUUGACAAAAUAUCAAAAAUGUCCUUGACCUUUUCUACGAAGACCGUAAUAGGACCAAAACACAAGCUUAGGGUUCUCCAGAUGAGGCUGAAAUCUCUUAAUAAUCCAGAAAGGCUGCAGCUGUGCAGAUAUGAUUUGGUACUGAUGGAGAACACUGAAGUGACCUUCAAACCUAUCCCUUGCCUAGAGAAGGCUACAUGAAGAGAGCUUCUAUUAACCUAAUUUCUCUUGCAGCAGUGACAUUUUGAUUCUUCCUCAGGAUAAGGACUGCAAUGAGAAAGGGAAUGAGAUAAGCUAGAUUUAUUUUCAGGAUCUAGCUGGUAAUAUGCAUUACUUGCUUUGAGUGCCUAAGGGUGAAAUGAAUUUAAAAGUUCACGUAUCUAUGUAUUUGGGAAAUUUGAAUAAAGUAAAGGUACCGUGGUGGAUAACAUACAGUGGUCUAUUUAUUACUGUUUGUUAGCAAUGAAGCUAACAUAUGAAUUAUCUGUAUGAUCUGGCACAUUAUUUGUCAAUUCAUACAUAUAUUUAAUUAUUUAUUAUUUGUAAUGGCUUUUAUAUGGAAACAUAAUUAUCUGUCUACAAGUGAAUUUAAUAUACUGUACAUGUGAUCUACAGACCUAAUACACAACAGUUUUGUUGUGCUGUGCUGGUUGGAUAAAUGAAUUCACAAUUUCUUAUUAUAUAAUGUCUGUCUCAGAACUGGAACAACAAGAUUUGUGAGUCCAUAUAUAAUUUUUCUGUUUAAAUCAAUUAUAUGAGCUUUAUGCUUAUCAUAGAUGAGUAUCAUUGCAACCAUUCAGAUAUUUUUGUAUCAAAGCUAUGGACAGGGCAGCAAUGUUUCAGAUAUGAAAUAAUUCUAAAAGUCUAUUCUGAAAAGAUGAACUUAAAGAUUAAAUAAAUGCAUUUUCAUUCAAUUUC